GGUAGCCAUCCCACGCACACGCACACACGAUGGCGGACCAGAACGAGAUCGAUUUGGAUUCGAUCAUUGAUAGACUGUUGGAGGUGAGGGGCAGUCGUCCCGGAAAGCAGGUCCAGCUGCUCGAGUCCGAGAUCCGCCAUCUUUGCACCAAGGCCAGAGAGAUCUUUAUUUCGCAGCCUAUACUUUUGGAGUUGGAGGCCCCAAUCAAGAUAUGCGGUGAUAUUCAUGGCCAGUACUACGAUCUCUUGCGCCUGUUCGAAUACGGAGGUUUCCCGCCGGAAGCCAACUACCUCUUCCUAGGCGACUACGUAGACCGAGGCAAGCAGUCUCUCGAGACCAUCUGCCUACUCCUCGCAUACAAGAUCAAAUACCCAGAGAACUUCUUCGUUCUCCGCGGCAACCACGAGUGCGCUUCCAUCAAUCGUAUCUACGGCUUCUACGACGAGUGCAAGCGAAGAUACAACAUCAAGCUCUGGAAGACCUUUACCGACUGCUUCAACUGCCUCCCAAUUGCCGCCAUCAUCGACGAGAAGAUCUUCACCAUGCACGGCGGUCUCAGUCCCGAUCUCAACUCCAUGGAACAGAUUCGUCGAGUCAUGCGUCCAACAGAUAUUCCUGACUGUGGUCUCCUCUGCGAUCUCCUCUGGUCUGAUCCUGACAAGGAUAUCACCGGCUGGAGUGAAAACGAUCGAGGUGUAUCCUUCACAUUCGGCCCCGACGUCGUCUCGCGGUUCUUGCAGAAACAUGACAUGGACCUCAUCUGUCGAGCACAUCAAGUAGUCGAGGAUGGCUACGAGUUCUUCUCCAAGCGGCAGCUGGUCACGCUCUUCAGCGCACCAAACUACUGCGGAGAAUUCGACAAUGCCGGAGCUAUGAUGAGUGUAGACGAGAGCCUUCUCUGUUCAUUCCAGGUAUGCUUAUGCUCUCUGCUCUCAUCCACUCACUGUAACCGGGCACUUUUUUCUUUUCUUUUCCUGACGCUAACCUUUCUCACACCUGUAGAUCCUGAAACCAGCCGAAAAGAAACAAAAGUACGUCUACGGAGGCAUGGCACCUAACAGACCCAUCACUCCUCCAAGGAAACAGAAGAAAAAGUAAACAAGAGAAAACAUACGAGCUUUCCCUCAUAUAGCAGGUUCGGGCGGAGAUAAUACGCGCCAUCUUCAUCAUUACCAACAACCACCACUCGAUUGAACCGACCACCACCAUACCCUCCGUACCAUUUACCACCGGGGCACGCACACUCACACCACUGCAUUCCCAACAAUCAAUUCAUUGCAUAUCCGUAUAUGUACACGCCGCCAAGACACAUUUCGCUCAUGCAGGCGAAACAUCAGCAGCCAGCCUGAUCUCGCGUCCGAUUGAUUGUUAGAAUCUACGCCACCGACAAAUACCUCUUUCUCUUCCCUCCCCCGCCUAUCCCCUCCCAUCCGACCGAGCUAGAACGAGACCAGCUCAGACCGCACCAGCGCCGAUUCGCCUCAUCUUCAUCCGGCUUCACCACUUCUUUUUUUGCUUCCGACCUACUUUCUGCUUCUCUUCUACUUUUUUUUUUUGUGCCUACAAUAUAUCUUCCGUGUACGAUUUGUAUGAAGCGCUGCAGUGAACGGAACGGAACUCUACGUACUUUUACCCUGACGACUACCCACUGACUCCCUGCUCCCUCCCAGGCAGGUGGUGGCAUGGCAUGGCAUGGCAACUUAAUGACAUCUCUGUUUUCUGUCUCCUUGAGGUGGCUUAAGGAAAGAAGUUGGUAGUUAUCGGCUCCAGUAUAUCAGUAGCUAGUAGCGUGGAUAAUUCACUUCUUCUCUUGCUGCUCUCUGCUUUGCUUUGCUAGGCCCCCCUUCCCUCCCUCCCUACUUCUUCCCUGUUCCCUUUACACCAGUUGCUCUGCAUCUUUUUCCAACGGCGUCGACGUCGAUAUUUCACCCUGUUUUCCCACUUACUGGCUUGCUCGUUCUUGGUUGGAGAAAAUGCAAGCCAGGAGUGGUGUGAUGUGCCGUACCCCUUUCCCGUUUUUUUGUAUCUCCUUGCUCACUUUCAAUAUGUUAUACCUGUCUACUGUCUACUGUUGUUGUUUAAUGAUCCCAUCGAAUAAUAUACAUUUGACUCGUACUCAACUUAUCAUCCUUACGUAGCAGAUGGAGCUGUCCAAACCAAUCUGUGUAGGGUUUGCUUUAUGAAGUGUAUAAGAGAGCCGCGAGCCUAUUUAUAUGUAGCUAUGUAUCUGAACACGGAAGAAAGAAUCAAAGUAGAAAAAG